AUGGAAUUUUUCACAAAUUUAGUUCUUGUUGUCCUACUCUCAUGGAGUACCUUAUUAGCAAAUGCUAAUGAAGUACAAAAUCCCACUUGUAAUUACCCUUCAAUUUUCAACUUUGGUGAUUCGAAUUCAGACACCGGCGGCAUUUCAGCAGCAUUCUAUCCACCGGUAUUACCUUCCGGCCAGACUCACUUUCACCGGCCAGCUGGACGAGCCUCCGAUGGCCGUCUCAUCAUAGACUUUAUUGCUUCCCAUUUGGGAUUACCAUACCUAAACCCAUACCUGGACUCAAUAGGAUCAAUUGGUUCCAGUUUUCGGCACGGUACAAACUUUGCAACAGGAGGUGCAACCAUUAUGCGGCCGGAUGAGAGUUGGUUUGAGAGCUCGGUUAGCCCCUUCUCUCUUGAAAUCCAAGUCGAGCACUACACGCAGCUCAAAGACCGAACAGCGUAUUUCUACAGAGCAAAAAAGAAAUCUUUCAUGAGAAAACUGCCUAUGCCUGAGGACCUCUCCAAGGCCCUGUUCAUGCUUGAUAUAGGGCAGAAUGAUGUGGCGGCAGGCAUUCGAAAACUGAGCUUCGAACUUCAAAAGCUAGCCGUGCCGAAUAUAGUCAGCCUGUUUAUAGCACAAGUCAGAACAUUGUACGAACGAGAGGCGAGGAUUUUCUGGAUACACAACACAGGGCCAAUCGGCUGCUUGCCUGUAGCAAUUGUGAAGGUUCAAAAUCCUGGGCCGGGUUAUCUGGACGAGCAUGGUUGUGUUAAAAGCCAAAAUGAGAUAGCUAUUGAACUCAAUAAAUUGCUCAAGGAUGAGAUUGUGAAGCUAAGAUCAGAGCUUUCAGAGGCUAUCAUAAUCUACACUGACAUGUACAGUGCCAAGUUAGAAUUAAUCACCAAUGCAAAAGAUCAAGGAUUUGAGGACCCCUUUAAUAUCUGCUGCGGACAUCAUGGGAUAGGGUACGAUGUUUGGUGCGGAAACAAAGGAAAUGUGAACGGAACCGAAGUUUUCGGUGGUUCAUGCAAGAACCCUAACCGAACCAUAAGCUGGGACGGCGUGCAUUAUUCCGAGUCCGCAAACCGGUGGAUCGCAACCCGUAUCGUGAAAGGCUCGUUUUCAGAUCCCCCAAUACCAAUCUCACAAGCAUGCCAAAAGAACAUAAAUCCAAUGUAGAUAUAUGUUCCUCUUUCAAUUCGCAAGAUAACAUAAUGCGCGGUAUAUUUUGUAAACUAUCCACAGCACACGACGAAAUGUGGCUCUAUUUCAAACAUAUCAGCAUUUCAGUUCAAUAAGAGGCUUUGCUAAAAAGGUGGAAUUUCCCUUUUUAU